AAAAAAAGGAAGAGGACUUCUGCCUGGGGUGGAAGAGCAUCCUGAAAGUUUUGCCCGGGGAUGUGACAUUUAAGCCACACCUUGAAGGACAGCAGCACUUUCUAAACACCAUGUCAUCCCCACUGAACAAAUGGGAAAACCAAAGCAAGGCACAGAGAAGUUAAGUGACUCAUCCAAGACCACACAGCUACCAAUUGGCUGAGUCUGGAUUUGAAACCAGGAAGGAGGCUUCUGUCUGGCAAGUUACUCCACGUCUCAGAACCUCAGUUUCUUCAUCUACAGAUGGGUCAUGCAUGGCACACAGCUACCGAGGGCACCAAACUGAGAUAAUCCCCGUGAAAGACUCAAAGCAGUGCCUGGCACACAGUUAAGUGUUCAAGGAUUGCAGAUGGCUCUUAUCGUGCAGCGGCUGUGGCGGUGUUAUCUUCGAGCCUCCCCUCCCCCUGCAGUCGCGGCUUCCUCCCCCGCAGUGGCAGCCGGUGACGUUGGAACAGCCACUGGCACACUCUGGGGUUUAAUUGGAAACGAAGAGAAGUGGAAGGGGAUGUUUGAGGCCCCUCCCUCCGCUCUGAUGGGACCCUGGGAAGCGAGAAGCCCAGCGCCUCCUGCCGCCCAGCACGGAUCCGGGAGCAGUGACCCCUACUGCCUGGUGAAAGUGGAUGACGAGGUGGUGGCCAGGACAGCAACAGUCUGGCGGAGCCUGAGCCCCUUCUGGGGGGAGGAGUACACCGUGCACCUGCCGCGGGACUUCCACCACCUUGCCUUCUAUGUACUGGACGAAGACACGGUUGGGCACGAUGACACCAUUGGGAAGAUCUCCCUGAGCAAGGAGGCCAUUGCAGCCGACCCACGAGGGAUCGACAGCUGGAUCAACCUGAGUCGAGUGGACCCUGAUGCAGAGGUUCAGGGUGAGGUCUGCCUGGAGGUGCAACUGCUGGAGGACACAAGGGGCCGCUGCCUCCGCUGCCACGUGAGACAAGCCAGGGACCUGGCUCCCCGGGACAUCUCUGGCACGUCGGACCCGUUUGCACGUGUAUUCUGGGGCAACCAGAGCUUGGAGACCUCAACAAUCAAGAAGACCCGCUUCCCACGCUGGGAUGAGGUGUUAGAGCUUCGGGAGGCACCAGGGACCAUGUCCUCACUACGUGUGGAACUGUGGGACUGGGACAUGGUGGGCAAAAAUGACUUCCUGGGCAUGGUGGAGUUCACACCACAGACACUGCUGCAGAGGCCACCUAAUGGCUGGUUCCGGCUCCUACCCUUUCCCAGAGCUGAGGAGGAUUCUAGGGGGAGCCUGGGAGCCCUACGGCUGAAGGUGCGCCUCACUGAGGAUCGAGUCCUGCCCUCCAGGUACUACCAGCCUCUCACGGAGCUGCUCCUGGAGUCGGUGCAGACAUCAGUAGAGGAGGACACCAGCAGCCCCCUGGCUGUGUUGGAGGAGCUGACCUCUGGGGACUGCCGCCAGGACCUGGCCACUAAGUUGGUGAAGCUCUUUCUGGGCCAUGGCCUGGCUGUGCCUUUUCUAGACUACCUCACAAGGCGCGAAGUGGCUCGGACCAAUGACCCCAACACCCUCUUCCGUUCCAACUCGCUGGCAUCGAAGUCUGUGGAGCAGUUCAUGAAGCUCGUGGGCAUGCGCUACCUGCAUGAGGUCCUGAGGCCGGUGAUCAGCCGUGUCUUUGAGGAGAGGAAAUAUAUGGAGUUGGACCCCUGCAAGAUGGACCUGGGCCGCAGCCGGAGGAUUUCCUUCAAGGGCAUGCCCACUGAGGAACAGGUGCGGGAGACCAGCUUGGGCCUGCUGACUGGCUACCUGGGAUCCAUCGUAGAUGCCAUUGUGAACUCCACAGGGCGCUGCCCACUUGCCUUGCGCCUGACCUUCAAGCAGCUGCAGCGGUGUGUGGAGGAGCACUUCCCUGGGGCUGAGCAUCAGGAUGUGAAAUACCUGGCCACCAGUGGCUUCCUCUUCCUGCGGUUCUUCGCACCUGCCAUCCUCACUCCGAAGCUGUUUGACCUUAGAGACCAGCAUGCAGACCCCCAGACUAGCCGCUCGCUGCUGCUGCUAGCUAAGGCCGUGCAGAGCAUUGGAAACCUGGGCCAACAGCUGGGCCAGGGCAAGGAGAUGUGGAUGGUCCCGCUCCACCCAUUCCUGCUGCAAAGCAUCUCUCGAGUGAGGGACUUUCUGGAUCAGCUGGUGGACGUGGAUAGGGAUGAAGAGGCUGGUGGGCCAGCCCGGGCCCUGCUCCCGUCCUCCGAGAUUGUUCGAGAAGGCUUCCUGUUUAAGCGCAAGGAAGAGUCCAGUGGCCUAGGCACCCGCUUCGCCUUCAAGAGACGCUACUUCCGGCUCAGUGGGGAGGACCUCUCCUACUCCAAGACCCCAGAGUGGCAGGUUCACUCGUCCAUCCCAGUGUCCUGUAUCCGUGCUGUGGAGCGUGUGGAUGAGGGUGCCUUCCAGCUCCAUCAUGUCAUGCAGGUGGUGACUCAGGAUGGCACUGGGGCACCACAUACCACCUACCUCCAGUGCAAGAAUGUGAAUGAUCUCAACCAGUGGCUGUCAGCCCUGCGCAAAGCCAGUGCCCCCAACAAGGACAAGCUGGCUACCUGCCACUCUGGUGCCUUCCGCAGUGGGCGCUGGACCUGCUGCCUCCAGGCAGAACGCUCAGCUGCUGGCUGCAGCCGCACACAUUCAGCCGUCACCCUGGGAGACUGGAGUGACCCAUUGGAUCCUGACGCUGAGGCCCAGAUGGUAUACCGCCAGCUGCUCCUGGGGCGAGACCAGCUCAGGUUGAAGUUUUUGGAGGAAUCCAGCCCAGACACAGCUCUGGAGGUGGACACCCAGAAGGGCUCUGGUACCCUUGAUGGGGCCUGUGCAGAGGUCCUGGCCAGGCAGAGAGCAGCUGCUGCCCGUCUGCUUCAGGUGCUUGAAGACUUGGACCAAGCCCAUGAGGACUUCCAGCAGCAGGGACAGGGGUGGGCGACCCCCUAGGGCGUGGAGGUGUGAGAGCCAGCUGCGGCCAAGGAGCCACAGGUCCUCAGCACACCCAGGUGUCUCCUCCAGGCUAUCUUGGUCUUCAAUGCUGUGGCUUGGAGCCUCCCAGACAAAACCUGGUCCUGUGUACCUGUGUCCAGCCAGGGCGUGGCAGCCUCUGGCAGGGUUCAGCCUUGCAUGGACUGAACCUUACUUUGUUCUCUGAGUCUGGAGUCUUGGCUUAACCGGAAACCUCUUCCAAUACCUAUGGAACUGAUCUGACCCUGAGCUGCUGGAUACAGCCGUACCUGAAAUGCCCCAGGUAGUCUGGUUGCUGGAGAGAAGGGCUAAGCAGGUUCAGCCAGAACUUCCUGUCUUCAUAUCUGCCAAGCCCUUGACCUCACAGAUCCUCCUGACCCUCGACUGAUGGCCCCAUCCCCAGGCUUCUGGAAGUGGGUGCUCUCAGGAAGAGCAGGCUGGGAGCCUGGCGUGCCAGUUCAUACCCUUGGAGCUGAACACAGGCUCUUUUCCCUCUUUGAGCUUCAGUUUACCCUGGAUAAAAUGAGCAGGGAAUCUACUUAGCUGUGCAGUUUUGACACUGGGAUAUCCUGGAGGCCAGUGAGAGGGUUAUCGGUUAGAAGUGCAGGUUCACAGGCCCCACCCAGUCACCAAUUGGUCUAAGAGUUUGCAGGACUGGCAUCAGGGUUCUGGAGCUCAUGGGCCUGAACUGUGAGAAACUUAAUAUAUUAGGGCUUAGGGUGCAACUUGAGAGUGAUCCACGGAGGGUGAUAUUCUGGGGAAUGUCUGGCUGGCAGCACUGGAAGAACCUGUGAAGAUUCACAUUGAGCUUUGUGUAAGGAAAGGUUGGACAGAAAGAACUGGUCUAUCUCCCUGGCUGGGACGCAGUGCAAAAAAGCUGUGGCGCUAUCCCGAAGUUGGCCAGCAGGGGUCGCCUGGAGCCGAAGCAUCUCCCAUGGCCAGGAGGCUCAGAUAGAACAGAGCCUUUGCUGGCUCCUUCCUCCAGGGAGCGGACUCUGAGGCACCUGUGGGCUGAUAGGGUAUCUCAGAGCUCCUCACGUCCUCCUGGAGGCCCUGCAUGAGUCUGAUUUCUUGUCGCUGUUUGUGUGUGUGUCGGGGGAGGGUGUGCACUGCCUGAUGCUUUUGUAGGGGAAGUGGCCACUGUCACCUCUGCAUCCUUAGAGACCUGGGCAGGCUGCUUCUGCCUGCUGCCUUUC